AUGUCAACAAGACUACUGCGAAUUCUUGCAUAUGCAGAUGAGAUUGAAUAUCGAUCUCAAUUGCUUGUAAACAAGACUCAAGAAUCAAAUCUAAUAAUCAACCGAAUAUCCAGCUUGUUUGAUAGAGCAUUACAUUGUGAUGAAGAAAUUGAUGACAUUACAGAGUUAAUCAAACUGAAUUCUCAAGCAAUGAAUGAUUUUAAUAAUUUAUAUGAGAAAUCAUUUUAUUUACAAAAUAAUAUUCAUACGAAUGACCCAUUGACUAAUCAAACUUCAUUUGAACAUUUGACUAAAGAAUUUUCAUACCUUUUGGAGAAAUUAAUACCAAAUGAUGACUAUGCAUAUAUUCAUCAAGAACCAAUCAAUUUCACUGGGGUCGAUGAAAUUGAUUUGCAAUCAGAUGAUGAAGGAGAACUUAUCGAAGAAACCUAUGAAGCAGAUGAAGUAGAAUCUCAAACGACACUACGACCUCCAGAUAUAAAGAAAAUGAUCUCGAUUUCAAACUUGAAAUUAAAACCAAUGCGUUGUACUUCCUCAGACACGAAGAUCGCCAAAAAGAAAUCAAGAUAUAGAUUAUCAGCCAUAUAUAACAUAAACCCAAUUGCAUAUGAAGAAUCAACAAUUGUUUCUUCCACAAUGAGUGAACUCUCAAUGCCGACAUCAACAUCAAGAAUCACAAGUGGAGGAGGAGAUAUCUACUCAUUAGACACCGCAGAAUCAGUUAACGUAAUGCAUAAUCAAGAUCAUCAUCAUCACGCAAUAGAUGAUCUUGAUGAGAUUGAAACAAUAGCUUCCACCCCUCCUUCGGUUCUUGGUCCACCAUUCAAAUCUCGUAUAAGGUCCAAUUCAUUGCCUACUACUAGUACAGGUAACAAGAGUUCAUCAGAAACGGAUAUUUUCCAAGAGUUGAACCGUGAAGAUGAUAUUUUACGAUAUAAUAGAUUGAAGCAUUUCAUAAGUAUAAAUGAUUUCCACCCAAGACAUGGAGAACAUCACCCGGAGCAACAUCACCCAGAACCACAUCUGGAUUUGCUUUUUGAUGACGUAUAUGGUUCUUCUCCAACGCCUAGAAGAAGAGUACAACAUGAAUUAGAUUAUGAUAUGGCAUCAGUAUGUUCUGACUUAUCGUAUUAUUCUCCUGAGAAACAGGAAGAUGAUGAACGGGUUGAGGAUGAAUUUGAUAAUUUUAAUAGAUUUCUUCGAGCUUCGAGAACAGAAUUGAAUAAGCCUAUACAUGAAGCAUUUCCUCAUUUGGUUAGGAAAUCGAGUGGGGAGGGAUACAGAACAGAAGAAGAGGAAAUAGCCAUGCCCACCCCUAGAGUUAAAUCGGUUCUAAGGUUUCAUAAUCCGAUUGAUGGCAUUCACUUGGGAACUUCACAUAUUGCUUCUCCUACCAUUGGUAAAGUACAAGUCCAACAACAAACAAAUAGCUCCACUAAAGAAGAUCCCAAGAAAAUUCUAAACGACGUCAUAUCUGCUUCAGUUCCUGCAACGCGAAUUGGAGACAAUUAUUCACCACCACUUCCAGCACCAUCACCCCCUUCAUCCCCUAGAUCAACAUCAUUCCUUAGUUCAUUAUCCAACUACUCCCCCACAAAAAUCACCUUCCGAUCGCAAUAUCAAUCCAACACCUCAAUCACUCCAAAAUCACUCACAGAUAGUUUUCUCGACCUUGUCAAAAAACCAACCAAAUCAAACAAACCACCCACGCCCGAGAAAUUGAAAGAACUUCGUCGAAAACAGAAACAGCGACGGAAUUCAAACAUCCCAAUCCUGAUCAAAUCAGAUUCACAACUCAAACGAAUGCCCUCAUCAGUAGCUGCAGCCAGAAAUGAUGGUGCGUUUUCGAGAUUGACUAUUGGACCGAAUAAUACCAGGAUUGUUAACCAUGGUGAGGCGUCGGUGUUUAGGAAACCGAUUGUGAGGUCGUAUAAUGAGGGAGCAUUGCGGGAGGCGUUGGCUGCAAGUCUAUUGGAUUAG